GUUAGGGAACUCUCUCUUAGCAAGAUGAAGUGCUUUCAAGUACUGUGCCUCCUUUUAGUGGCCUCCUCUGCUUUUGGAGGAGUCCUAGAUAAGUGCAAGGACCCCAAUUCCUCAAAGUGCAAGAACUCCUUUGAAGACCUCCCAAUGCACCCACGCCCUGAAGCAGCUUCCAAAGAAUCCUUCUCUAGCCGUUCAAUUGGACACUCCUGGGAAAGGACUUCAGACUAUUGGAUCAACUUGGGGCAUCAGCAUGUGAACGAGAGGAUUAGCAGGAGCAUCAAUACCAAUCGUGCUAAAAAUGUGAUUUUCUUCAUUGGAGACGGAAUGAGUAUCCCAACUCUCUCCGCCACAAGGGUAGCUCUUGGUGGUGAAGAACAGCAACUAUCUUGGGAGAAAUUCCCCUUUUCAGGACUCUCAAAGACCUACUGUGUGGAUUCCCAAGUGGCUGAUUCCUCGUGCACAGGAACAGCUUACUGGACAGGGGUGAAGACGAACUACAUGACUAUGGGAGUUAACGCCCAGGUCCCAUUGGGAGACUGCCAGGCUGCUCUUGAUCCUUCCACGCACACGGAAUCCAUUGCAAAAUGGGCAAUGGAUGCUGGGAAAUCAGCUGGGAUUGUUACAACCACAACAGUCACACAUGCUUCCCCAGGAGCUGGCUACGCUCAUGUUGCUGAUCGUUUUUGGGAGAAUGAUAAUUUUAUUCGUCAUAGUGGUUGUGAUCCCAGUAAAAUUGAUGAUAUUGCCAAACAACUCAUUCACGGGCCGGUGGGAAGUCGCUUGUCGGUUGUUCUCGGUGGCGGAAGGGGACACAUGAGAGAUACAAGUAUUCCUGAUGAAGAAGGAGGCACAAACUACCGCGGAGAUUCACGUGAUCUCAUCUCUGAAUGGCUUAGCGAUGGGAAGCCUAACAAGAAGUACGUCUGGAAUCGCAAUGAUCUCCUGAAUUUGCCUUCUGACACUGAAACCCUUCUUGGUUUAUUCGAGAGCGGUGAUAUGCAGUUCUAUCUGGAGAGUCAGGAACGUGGAAGUCAGAACACAGAGCCAACACUGGAGGAAAUGACGCGAUCUGCUAUUAAUGUGCUGAAGAAGAAUCCUAAUGGAUUCUUCCUGUUUGUUGAGGGUGGUAGGAUUGAUCAUGGACAUCACUACACCAUGCCAAGGGCAGCAGUUGCAGAAACAAUUGAACUGCACAAGGCUGUUCAAGCUGCAAGGGAUAUGCUGAGUGAGGAGGAUACUCUGAUUGUUGUGUCUUCUGAUCAUUCUCACACCAUGAGCAUCUCUGGAUAUCCUACUCGCGGGAAUGACAUCUUUGGGAAAUCUGAUAGAAUCGAGGCCAGUGAUGGCAUGCCCUACAUGACCCUAAAUUACGCAAAUGGCCCCAUUUCCUCACCUCAGUACAAGGCAACAGGUCGUCCCAAUCCUGCUACGUCUGAUUUCAGCCAUUGGUCAUCAGUGUUCCCCUUCCACAUUCCUAUUGAUCUUGAAACUCAUGCUGGUGAUGAUGUGGGAAUUUUUGCAUCAGGCCCCAAUGCUCAUUUGUUCUCAGGGUCAAUUGAGCAGAGUCAUCUGCCUCACUUGAUGGCCUACGCCUUGUCCGUUGGCAAUGGACCAAAACGUUAAAACUAAAUGUUUUGCCAAAGAAAUGUUUUUAAAAAAAAAAUGUGAUUUAAUCUUUCAAAUAAAUUUUGCUGAAAUUAAAA